AUGGCUUCUAAUCAUCCUGGUUCAAAGCGUAGACAUAUAGAAUUAGGCUCAUCUGAUGAGACAGCUGCAAAUAUUGAUUCUUGGGCUCGUUUCCUUGUGAUCGAGGCUAAAGAUCAUGAACCCAUCAAACUGAACCCCUUUGCCAUUUCUAAAGCCAUUCAAGGAUAUUGUGGAGAGGUUAAAAACGUGACACGACUUCGCUCUGGCUCCCUUCUUGUUGAAUGUGUAAGGAAACAACAAUCAAUCAAUCUGUUAUCAAUCAGUCAAUUUGCCAAUAUUGAGGUUGUUGUUUCUGAACACAGGACACUCAACUCCUGCCGAGGCAUUGUCCGUGACAGGACUCGUUCUUUGUCGGACAUGUCUGAACAAGAAAUUGCUGAAGAGCUUCAAACUCAGGGAGUAUCUGCUGUUAAACGUUUCUCCCGCAAGAAGGACGAUUCAACUUUUGAACCAACGAAUACGUACUUGUUUACGUUUGCCAGAUCUUCUAUCCCACAAUCAAUUAAAGCUGGAUACGUCAACAUCGGAGUGGAGGUGUAUGUCCCCAAUGCACUCCGAUGCUUUAGAUGUCAACAUUUUGGCCAUGGCUCUAAGUCCUGUACUCGUUCUGUGGUUUGUCAACGCUGUGGCGACAACCAUGAGAGUACUGAUUGCCAACAAGCCCUCAAAUGUGCGAACUGUGAUGGCAAACAUAUGGCUUCCUCCAAAUUCUGCCCUAUUUGGCAAAAUGAAUCAAAAAUACUAAAGAUAAAGUGUGAAAAAAACAUUACUUUUGGAGAAGCAAGACAACUGUUCAAGUCUCAAUCACCACCUCAGUCGACACUAAAUUACUCUGCUGCUGUCUCAAAGCCAGUCCAAUCUUCAUCUGUCUCGUGUCAGACAGAGUUGACAUGGGUCAAAUCUGAUCGACCCCUGGCGACUGCUCCUGCCAUCGAGCAUGACAAAUCUGAUGCAAAAACAACAGCACCACCUUCAACUUCUCAGGCAGCGAGUCAGACUCCACCUGAACCAACAACAACUGCAAAUGUCAAGCGGUCAAAUCGGGAAAGAAAAAAGUUGGGUAAAAAACAAUUACCAAGGAAUCCCUCUCCUUCAGAGGUACCUCUUCAAAACUCCUAUAGUGCUCUGGACAUGGAAGUAACACCAUCGUCUGAGAAUUCUGGUAGGAGUUCUUCCUCCUCACUUUCGCGUGAGAGAUCCCCUAUUGAACCACCAUGA